AUGUUCGCCAGUAGAAAAUUAGUAGAAACGGCGCUUGGCGAAGUGAAAAAGAAGUUUGUACGGGUCGUUUCGGCGAAACUCCCUGCCGAUGGAAUGGAAUACGAUUUGGUUCAGUACAGGUGUAAAAAUCUUUUUGACAACACUGUGAUCGGUGGAAAAUACUCGCGAGCAUCGCUUUGCGUCGACACGAUACGAGCUCUUCAGCCGCAUUUGCGCGAAGAAACCCAGGAAUUACAGGCGGUGUGUGAGGCGGCGGCGACGCUGGAAAUUAUCCAAAGCUUCUACCUAAUCGCCGACGACAUAAUGGACAAUUCUGAAACGCGACGUGGCAAACCGUGCUGGUUUCGGCGAGAAGGCGUCGGCAUGUCAGCCAUCAACGACGCCUUCAUCAUGGAUUCGUUUGUGGAGGAUAUUCUGAGAUUGGCACUUCCAGGACAUAUCAAUUUGGAUAGGUUGUGUGAAGCAUAUCGAAAAUCGAAGCAGAAGACGUUGAUUGGGCAGUUCCUGGACACUUCCUCGGUCAACCAAAUCGCCUCCUUCACAUGGGACCGCUAUGAACUGAUGGUGGAGAACAAGACAUCCCACUAUACAGUUUUCCAUCCUCUCCAGAUGGCUCUUAUCAUUUCCGACGUGCUGGCUUAUCACGGAUCAGUCAAAAAGGCUGCAUAUCAAAUCGGAUUCCUUUUCCAGUCCCAAGACGAUUUUCUAGAUGUAUAUGGGGAUCCAAAAGUGACUGGAAAGAUCGGAACGGAUAUUCAGGAUGGAAAAUGCACGUGGUUGGCUGUAAGGGCUCUUCAAAAAAUGCACUCUUCGCCGAAAAUCUCUACCCAGCUCAUCGCGGAUUUCAAGCAGAGUUUUGGGUCUUCAGACCCAGAAAAAGUUGAAAAAAUCCGAAAAAUCUAUGACGAACUACAGCUGAGAGAGGAAUUCCGGCGAUUCGAGCAACAUUUCGCUGGAGAAAUCAAGAAGAGCAUUGCUGAAAUUCCAGAUGUUAUAGAGCCGAUUCGACCCGUUUUGGAUGGAUUUGUGACUAAAAUGGUCAAGAGAAAUGCCUAA